GUAAGUGCCGCCUCACCGCUGUAUUAAUCGUCAUUUUCUUCCCAGAGGUUGGUUUGGGGUUAUUGCAUUUAUUUUUGACGCACUUUGCCUUUGUUUUGUUCGCAACCAAUUCCACAUCGGCCUGACUGCAUUUGCUGGUCGAUUGUCGGUGUAUGCCUCGGUGACUGUCCGUUUCAGCCUGGGUGGUGACAGCGUUACAAUGAUCGAGCGACCAGAGACUGCCGUUCACAGCAGUGCUCAGCGGAAUCUGGAGGGCUAUGUCGGGUUCGCCAACCUCCCCAACCAGGUGUAUCGGAAGUCGGUUAAAAGAGGCUUUGAGUUUACGUUGAUGGUGGUCGGUGAGUCUGGUCUUGGGAAAUCAACACUUAUAAAUUCCCUCUUCCUGACUGAUCUUUACUCCAAGGACUACCCUGGGCCAUCGCAGCGCAUGAAGAAGACUGUACAGGUAGAGCAGUCCAAGGUGCUCAUUAAAGAAGGGGGUGUCCAGCUGACUCUCACAAUUGUUGACACGCCAGGUUUUGGAGAUGCAGUAGACAACAGUAACUGCUGGCAGCCUGUCAUCAGCUAUAUUGACAGCAAGUGCGAGGACUUCCUGAACGCAGAAUCGAGGAUGAACCGCAGAUCAAUGCCAGAUAAUAGGGUCCACUGCUGUCUUUAUUUCAUUGCGCCCUCGGGACACGGCCUGAAGCCACUUGACAUUGAAUUUAUGAAGAGGCUCCAUGACAAAGUCAAUGUCAUUCCACUUAUUGCAAAAGCCGACACGCUGACCCCGGAGGAAUGCCAACUUUUCAAGAAACAGAUAAUGAAAGAGAUCCAGGAGCACAAGAUCAAAAUUUAUGAAUUCCCAGACACGCAUGAUGAUGAGGACAAGCUGAUCCGCAAAAUAAAGGAGAAGAUGCCCCUGGCUGUCGUUGGCAGCAACGUAGUCAUUGAGGUGAAUGGCAAGAAGGUCAGAGGUCGCCAGUACCCGUGGGGCGUGGCAGAAGUGGAGAAUGGGGAGCACUGCGACUUUACCGUGUUGCGCAACAUGCUAAUCAGGACACAUAUGCAGGAUUUGAAGGAUGUCACCAACAACGUCCACUAUGAAAAUUACCGCAGUAAGAAACUAGCUGCCAUCACCUGUCACGGCAUGGACACCACCAAGACCAAGGGACAACUGACCAAGAGUCCCCUGGCACAGAUGGAGGAGGAGCGGAAGGAGCAUGUGAUGAAAAUGAAGAAGAUGGAGGCAGAAAUGGAGCAGGUCUUUGAAUUGAAGGUUAAGGAGAAGAAGCAGAAACUGAAGGAUUCAGAGGCUGAGCUGGAGCGGCGUCACCAGCAAAUGAAACGCAACUUGGAGGCGCAGUACAAAGAACUGGAAGAGAAGAGACGGGUGUUCGAAGAUGAGAAAGCCAUCUGGGAGGCUCAGCAGAGAAUCCUUGAGCAGCAGAAACUGGAUGCCUCCAAGACAAUGGAGAAGAACAAGAAGAAAGGAAAAAUCUUUUGAAGAGUGAAAUGUCUUUCCUCUUUAGUUACUCUUCAGUGCUUUCUCUCUCUCUCUCUCUCUGUCUCUUUCUCACAUAUACGUAUUUACAGUACAUAUGGCUACUUUGGAAAACACAACAUUAUGCAACACUCCCAACACACACGCAUGCUGCUCCUUAGCGUGGACACCCUCACAUUUUCCUCUCACACAUUUCUCCUUAACGGCCAUGACAGAAACGUAACCUCCUCUCAGCCUGUCCUACCCGGUACACCACUCAUAUGUACACCUGUCCUACCCGGUACACCACUCAUAUGUACACCUGUCCUACCCGGUACACCACUCAUACGUAUGUACACCUGUCCUACCCGGUACACCACUCAUGUCCUCGUACAUGUAUACACGUGUUGUGGUACAGUAUAUAUUUCAAAACAUGUCCAAAUUGUGUUGAUUUGAUGUGUUGUCACAUACUUAUGAAUGAUGAUGGACUUAUGGUGAAUGAGAUUUUUGGGGGACGGGGACACCCUAUUUUUGGAGAAAAAUAUCAAAUAUAUUUUUGGACAUGCAAGGCUGUCAAAGCAGAAUGGAGCCAACUUGCUGUUCCACACUAUUUCCAUGCCUUCCAGUGAAUAAGGUAAAGCUGUGAGAGUACGGAGGUCUGUGGAAGUCACAAACAAAAGGAAACGGAGCGACUAGACACCACAGAUCAUAACAAAGACCUUCCUAAAAAACUAAGUGCAAGGAAUAAAUACUUGAAAUAAGUACAUGAACGCUAGGAAGGAGUAAUAUCCCGUAUCGGCAAUAUCGACAUCACAUAAAUUUGGUAUUGGCAGUUGAUGUGUCGAUGAUGUUGACAUUGUAUCGGGUCUGCAGGCUGUAUCAACUUGGAUUGAGCUGGUGUGAGGAGUAUCGGCAAAGUCGAUGCUGUGCGGGUAUGGCUAUGAGAUGGAUCCGCCUGCCUCAGAUUGUAGACAGGAGAACUCGGGCAUACGAAUCAGAAUAAUUGUACCCACCUACCUCGUUGCCCCGUAGCUAGACAAUAGCCAAGCAUGAACAGGAAAAGCAGAGAGAAACGACAGGAAAUAGAGGAAAAAAAGCAGGCGCCUACUGAUGACGUUGUGUUUUUCAGUAAAUGUUGUGCUUCUUCCUAUUUGACCUAAAGAUGUUAUGCAAACGCCUCAUUGAUGUCUACACAACCCCCCUCCACCGCAAAAAAACCCUACUUUUUACUGUUUGGUCUAAGCAGAGAGUCUUGUCAAGAACUUGAACUUGAUGACAUGUUGAGAAGAUUGUUUUCCUUGCUGACGGGCUAAUAAUAUGUGUCACAUGACGUGUGUGCCAUCUUACAGAGGCACGCAAAGAGACCUUUUCUAUCAAACUUAGGCAGCACGCUUCAAAAUAAAAGCUGACUUUCGCCAAUGCAUUUCCAACAAGAUGAACUGUAGAUGCUAGCAGGUAAAAAUGACUUGAUGGUGGUAACAUAUACAGUAUAUUGUGUACAUAAUGUUCAUUGCUUUUCCUUAUGCCACUAAUAACGGCAUGUUACUGUCGGGAAAUAUAGUUUGGCCUACAAAUAUUUGACAUUGACUUUCCCACAUCUCUCCAUCAGCUUUCACUUCCCGCAAGUUUUCCGUGAACUUUGGACAAAAGCCUUUUUUAUGUACCUUUUGAUAUGUGUGUGUUGCUUUCCCAUUGUUCUUCUCAAGUAUUCCAUGUCUGAUUGCACAUUGACAACAUUAAAGUUGCCAAGGUUA